AUGGCAGAAAUCAAGAUCUUUGGCCUCGGAGAAAACUGCAAGCCAUUGUGGAAAGAUGCUGGUGCAAAGUACGACGAAACAGACGAACAUUUAGUUAUCAUGGGUAAACCGGUUAUGGAGCGUUGGGAAACACCGUACAUGCAUAAACUGGCUUCAAUAGCAGCAUCCAAAGGUGGUCGAGUCCUUGAGCUUGGCUUCGGACUGGCUAUUUCGGCGACGAAAAUUCAAUCCUUUGCAGUAGAUGAACACGUCAUAGUAGAAUGCAAUGACGGAGUCUUCAAAAGGCUGGAGGCAUUUGCUAAAACGGCCAAGCAGAAGGUGACGCCUCUGAAAGGUCAGUUGUGGUGAGGUCAAUCAAUCAACCAAUCAAUCAAAUCAAUCAAUCAUCAAUCAAUCAGUCAAUCAAUAAAUCAUCAAUCAAUCAAUCAAUCGAUCAAAUUUAUUACGGUUAUGACUAUAUUCUUGAUGGACAGCCUAUUAAUUCAAUUUCAACCAGCUACAGUGUUAGGUAGCAGACAGUUUCUUUUCUGGCAAGGUUUUUGGCAUGUAUGAAGUUGUUCAGACCUUCUAAAGGUAUUUCGCAUGGUUGGUUUGUUUACAUCCCCUCCAACUAACUGAGGGCUUGUUAGGGUAAAAUUCCAACAAGUGAACUGACCUUGAAACAGCAAAUCUUGUGUAAUUUGCGCACCCCUUGGUUGAGUACUGGUUGGCACUAUCGGUCAACGUGUCAGCCAAGUAUUGGUCGACUCUUGAUCACCAUAUCGGUUGACUGUCGGUUGACAUGUCGAUAGAUAUGUUGGUCGACACUCGUCCAAUAUGUCGGCCGGUGUAUCGACCAACAUGUCAACCAAAGCGUUGGCUCAUACACCAGUCAGUAUACCAGUCGGCACUCGAACGAUACAAGCUUAAGGGGUGUCAAUUGUUGGUGGAAUAUCAGUUGACUAUUGGUGGUGCAUCGGUUGACUGUCGUUUAUCCUGAAUUCUCUAUUAAGCCCCCCAGGGGGCUUAUUUAUUUCAAGCCCAUCUAAUGGGGGGGCCUUAUUUGAGAGGGGUGGGGGGGGGGUAUUUAAUUUAGAAAAGAUGAUGGUAUUAGUUCUCCAUAAAGACCUAGAAUACAAAGUAGGUAAAGGUUGGAGGUUAUGCAGCGAAGGAUCAAAAACAAAUCAGAACUUCCUGUUGGUAAAUAAACUAUCCUGGAUCAGUCCACUCAAAGUUAAACAGUUGUGAUUGAUUAAUACAGUCUAUUAUUAUUAGAGGGCUUAUUGGAGUGAGGGGGCUUAAUGUAGGAUUUACAGAACUUUAAUAGAAUUUGUGUUUUAAAAUCAGAAAGGGGAAUCUGCAUGGUUUCAGUGUUACAUGAAAGAUGUCCCGGUCGAGGGGUUUGAAAAUAAUUUCCUUUCUGUUGUUUGUGUCAACCCAGGUCAGCCUCACCGUGUCAACUUGUUGAAUUUUUGCUGUUGCUCUACACAUGUUAUAAUGUUAGAUUGUCCAUCAAUACCUCUCAAAGGCAUGCCAUACUGGUCCUUAUUUUUUCCAAAAAAAAAAUGCACACGCUUGACAUUAUACUCUCACAUUAGACUGGUAAAAGCCGCCAAAGCUAAGUAUUUUCAGGAAUGCCCACAUGCUUUCCUGAAAGGUUCAUGUAUAUGGGGCUGUCAAUGUGGAGGGAGGAAGAUCCCAGCACUCCAGGCAUAGUUCAACAAUUAAAUGAAUAUCGAUUUCCAAUAUCAAUUGAUAAAAAUCUAUAAAGAAAAAAGUUGUGACUUUGAUUAAUAUCAAUUUCUGAUAUAAAAUGAUAAGGAUUGAUUUAUUGAUUUUUAAUGAUUCCCAUUGAUUAAUAUCAGAAAAGACUUAAGUCAUUUGGUAGAAGGUCAGGAUGUUUUCUGUACAGUAUUAUUUAUUGUCAUUCAGUCAUGAUAGUAUGCAGUUCUUUAAAUUUAUUGAUAAAAAUUUAAUACUGAAAAAGAACAAAAACAGGAAGAGAUCUUCUGAUAAAAUCUUUAAAUAUUCCUCAGCUUUCGCCAAACCUACAUGUUCAUGUAGUACGUCCCCUUAUCCGGAAAGAUCACAGCGCUCUGGAGUACUUCAAUGCCUGUAUAUAUGUUACAGGUCAAAACUGAAUUGUGUUGAACAACACUAACCGAAGAGAACAUGGUGUCUUGUUCCAUUCCUUUUCGGAAGCUAAAAAAUUCUGAGGAAGAGAGAAAGUUAAUCCAAAAUGGUACCCUAAAGUCAACAAGCACAGUGAAAAAGUAGUCUUUUAAAAUUUUUUCUGGAUUGGCCGAAUGGCAGCAAGUCAUUCAUAGUACAGUACUAAAAACUUACACCAAGAAUUCCUAGGAGUACCCCCCUUAGACCCUAAAGAGAAUAAAGGACCACUCAUAGUCUAACAAACUGCUGACUUAAAAUCAUUUAAGUCACAGCAAAAGUAGCAAACUCUUUAGCAAGCUUUUUCACACAUAGAUUGAUGUACUUUUUUAUCUUUUUAUUCCCAUAGGCCUGUGGGAGGAGGUAGUGCCCUCCCUUGAUGAUGAAUCAUUUGAUGGCAUCAUGUAUGACACGUACCCCUUGUCAGAGGAAACAUGGCACACUCAUCAGUUCUUGUUUAUCAAAGACCAUGCCUACCGUCUCCUUAAACCAGGAGGAGUGCUGACCUUCUGCAAUCUGACGUCUUGGGGAGAGUUGCUUAAGACAAAAUAUAAUGACAUUGAGAAGAUGUUCGAGGAAACACAAGUCCCUGAGUUACUGAAAAGUGGUUUUGUAAGAGAGAACAUAUCAACUGAAGUUAUUGAUGUUGAUGUUGAUCCCAACUGCCUCUACUACAGUCACAGGAAAAUGAUUGCUCCUACUGUUACAAAGCUUUAA